AUGUGCAGCCUGCUCGUGAGGAUGCUGAGCAUCGUGGGUCUGCUCCUGUGCGCUUUCCCGAUGCGGGUGCGGACGAUGAGCCUGGCCUCGGGCAUCUCCCUGAUGACGGUGCGGAUCGCUCACCUGCUCGCAUGCGUGUUCUUUAUGCUGCUGUGCAUCAUGCGCCUCAUCGCGUGCACCGUCCUGGUGGUGGUGCGCGCCGUCCUACCCAGGGUUUCCUGUGCUGGGCGUUCGGUGGUUUCCUGGAAGUCGGGCACACGCUGGGCCUGGGCCUCCCUGCAGGGUCCUCCUGACAGCAGUCGGAUCGGCGCCUGCCUGAGCACCUGGCACAUGAAAAACUAG